CAUAAACCAAUCCAUUCCUGUACGGCUCUACCCAAGUCUGCUCCUCCCGCGAUCGCGCGGCUAGACUUGUACGGGGAUGCCUCGCUAUACAAACGAGCCCCCUGCGGUUCGCGUCUAUACGAUUUGCGAUGAGUCAAGGUAUUUGAUUGUGAGAAACGUUCCGGCAUUGGGUUGCGGAGAUGAGCUGCUCAAACUGUUCUCCUCCUAUGGAAACCUUGAAGAGUGUAAACCGAUGGAUGCAGAAGAAUGUGAUGAAUUCACAGACGUUUAUUUUGUCAAAUUUCAUUUGGUCAGCAAUGCCAGGUUUGCUAAAAGAAAAUUGGAUGAGUUUGUUUUCCUUGGUAACCGGCUGCAAGUCUCCUAUGCUCCUGACUUUGAAAGUUUGCUUGAUACAAAGGAAAAGCUAGAAGUUAGGAGACGAGAAGUUUUAGCACGAUUGGAUUCUGGAAGACCAAGAGGAUCUGCCGUUAAUUCAGCAACCACGAAGUUUACAAAUCCUUCUCAUUCUCAUUAUACUCUUGAACAGAAGAACUCUCUUGAAAAGAGGAAUUAUGCAGAUGCAGCACUCAGUUCCAAUCCACAUGUGUCUCAAAUAACAAGAGUUUCCUCUGACCAGGAUUACUUCGCAUCUGAAUCUAUGAAUCAAACUGUGCAUCUCGUCAGGGAAAAGCUUGAUAAGAUUCAAUCAUGCUGCGAACAUCUGGAAGCUGGACCUGUGAGCAAGAGAUCACGUGUGGACAAUAGGAGAAGAAUCUAAUGCUUGCCGACCUUUAUAGAGACGGCUAAUGGGUGGUUCAACGUUGCACCAAAUGCUACUUUGACACAUCACAUAUACGCAGAUUAGCAGUGUGCAAAUUUAACCGUUGAUGUUUUAUUAGAAAGGUGAUUAUUAUUACAAAGUUCUGCAGGGGAGAAUUUUGUUGUCACCACUACUCUAGCCCAUAUUUACAAGCACAUUUGUAAUACUUUUUUUUGUAUAGCUAGCGAUGACUAUUAGAGGGGUAAUGACAAAUAAAUAAUGAAUUUACCA